UCUGGCCACCGGGAGCUGCAGCAGCAUGUCAUCUUCACGGAGGAUGUGGACUCCAUCGUCACCGAGUGGGCCCUCAUCAGACAGCAGGCCUAUAAGGUCAGCCUGGCCGGGUCGCUGUUCUUCACCGGGCUGCUGGUGGGGAACGUCGUCUUUGGGCCGCUCUCUGAUCGGAUCGGACGGAGACCCGUCUACCUGACAGGUCUGUUCUUUGAGGUGAUGUUCGGCUACCUCACCGCCCUGGCGCCCAGCUACGAGGUCUUCGCCGCCUCUCGGCUCCUGGUGGGGCUGAUGAACGGCGGCAUCGGCCUCGUCUGCUUCGUCCUCACCCAGGAGUACGUGGGGAAGUCCUACUGGGCCAUGACCGGGACGCUGACCAGCAUGAUCUUCGCCGUCGGCAUCGCUCUGUUCGGAGCGCUGGGCUACUUCGUCCGGCCCUGGAGGACUCUGGCCAUGGUGGCCAACUCCUCCGGCGUCCUGUUCUUCCUGCUGUCUGUAACUCUUCCAGAAUCUCCUCGCUGGCUUUAUUCUCAGGGACAGACGGAGCGAGCUGAAGAGGUUCUGCGCUACAUGGCGCUGAGGAACGGCAGCAACGCCACCAGCCUGGUUCUGCAGCGGGUCGGCGCCGCCAGGCCCGGCGGCCCGGUGAGGAGGCGGGGCGGCGUCCUGCAGCUGGCGGUCCAUCCGGUGCUGCGCCUCAGGACGAUGGUGCUCAUGUACGUGUGGUACUGCUGCAGCCUGGUGUAUUACGGCCUCACCCUGGGAGCCAGCGCCACGUCGGGGAGUCGCUUCGUUAACGUGGCCAUGUACGGCCUGGUGGAGCUGCCGGCCUACCCGCUCUGCAUCUAUUUCAUCAAUAAGAGCUGGGCCGGCAGGAGGAAGAGCAUGUCCAGCUUCCUGUUCCUGGCCGGCUCCGCCUGCCUCUGCACCACGCUCAUCCCCGAGAACUCAGGGUCUGUGCUGAGCAUCACGUCUCUCGCCCUGCUGGGGAAGCUGAUGGUCAGCGCUGCGUUCAACAUCGCCUACGUUUACACCUCAGAGCUCUACCCGACUGUGAUCAGGAACGCCGGGCUGGGAGUGUGCUCCAUGUCCUGCCGAGUCGGGGGAAUCCUGGCGCCGUUUGUUCCCUCCAUGCGCGCGCUGCACGCCUCCAUGCCCUUCACGGUGUUCUGUCUGAGCGGUUUGUCUGCUGGCUGCCUGGGCCUCCUGCUGCCAGAGACCCUGAACAGACCUGCAGCCGACACGCUGGAGGAGCUGAGCAGCAGCCGGGUUCUGGAGAACAAGGCUCUGCUGUACGAGGAUGAAAAACUGAAAUCAAACCAAAAGUGAAGCUCUGGUCUUCGUUUCGGUCCAGAGGGAGCGGCUGCGUCAGAGCGGCGUACCGUCCCUUUAAGACGGAGAGUCUCCGGGUCGCCGCCUGCCGGGUUCUCCUCGGUUCCUCCUCAGGUUUUUCUCUCCUGGCUUCAGUCCAGAUGUUGCUGGCAGGAAGUGAAGCACAAACUUUAAACAUUCCUCUGGCCGUCGCUCUGAAUGAAGCCAGGUCAAAGUUCACUGGGAAACGUGAUCUGCUGGGAGCAGAGCUUUAAUCUGAACCGGGUCGCAGUUCUGAUCCGUUAGAGAAACUUUCUUCACUUUCAGUGAAAGUGAUGAUGAUCAUGUAACACCUGGCAGCUCAGGUGAAGAAGAUCAAGUGAUGUUUGAUAUUUUCCAUUUUGUAUGAAUCAAGCUUUGCUGCCCCCUGGUGGCCGACAGUGAGCAGGUCAGGAGGCCGAACCGAACUGGAUCACAGAUUAUUUCAAAGCAGAGGCGAUGCCGAGUCACGAUGUGGAAACUAUCAGAGCGAAGCCGUUCUAUAAUCACACGUAGAUCUGGGUUCUGACCCGUUGACACGUUGAAAUGUGAUUCUGAUGGAAACUCUGGGUUUUCACAUCUUUCCUGAACUCCAGUCGAUGUUUUUCUACCUGAACUCAUUUUGAACUGAGGAAGAAACGAUGGCUGGUAAUAACUGCCUCUGAUGUUUAACAGCCUUAAAAACUCAAAUAUCACCCAGGAUUCCUGUCGGGUUUCUGGUCCAAACAUCUCAGUUCACUGGAAACGAGACAAAAUGAACAAACUUUCAGAAACAUGCAGAUGUUUUAAUGACGUGUURGAAGUGAAAUACUCAGCCAGAGUAACUGUUUUCCAUCAAUAUUAAGGAAUUGUUUUAUUAAAACAAGCUUCUAUAUUGUGUUGGAAAGUUACUUUAAUCAUAUUUCAAACAUAUUUGCAUUGGAACUAGACUGAAAUACUUGGUGAUAUUUUGUUUUUGCUGCGUUUAAGUUCAUCAAAUAUCCUGAAAACAACCAAUAAUAGAUUUAUCUAGUCCCUGUUUACUUCCUGAUAUUCUGUAAAAUGUCAGCUUUGCCAUCCAGAUAUCAGACCAACAUCAGGUUUAGGGUUCAAACUAUCUGAGUUUUCCUACUGAUUAAAUCCUAAAAUUGGAAUAAAAACCUAUAAUUUUUGAUAAAAGCCUCUAAAGAUGAAUUCCUGGCUCAUGCUGCAGCGUCUCUAACUCUCCUAGGUAAGAAAAUCUCUGCACUUUAAAUCUGCAUAUUUAUGGGACCAACCAUAAAUAAUUUAAUUUAAAAGUUUGUAGUAAAAAAUGUUAAAUCCUGAUUUUUUUCCCAGUAAGGAUGAAUAAACUGGUAAAUUAGUCAAAGUUGUUUUAUUGAAUCAUGAAGAAAAUCACCAGAGAAGUAAAACCUGUAAAUGAGUCGGAUUUAUGUUCAUUUUAAUAAUAAUUAAGGAUUUUUAAAGGGAUCGAAGCUCCUGGACUAAAACACUAAAACAUUCCUGAAAGACUUUUGUUUACUCUGUAAAUACUGAGAUGAAUAAAAUGUUAUUGUAUCUUUUGGGAUCUUUGGUUUCAGUAAAAAUAUAAAUUUUCUCAUCCUG